UCCGUUGUCUGGAUUGGUCUAGUUGUCUAGAUCGUCUAGAUGGUCUGGAUCGGUCUGGAUCGUCUGGAUGUUGAGUUUCUCAGUCUCUCCCGAGGGUAGCGUUGCUACCGGUUGCUACGUUCAGUAAAUUCAGUAACAUAUGUUCAACUAAUUUUGAUUACAAUUAUCGGAGAAUGCGGCUUCGGUGCUGUUGCUAGUUUACUUGUAUUUCUUGGUGUGACAACGUUCUAAGUGCACGAGUGCAAAUAAUUUGAGUGUUUCUAAAAUGGGACGAAAUAAAUUACGUUCUGGCUUGAGUCGAGAAGAGCGCAUGGUCAUAACUGUAGCAGAAAUUAUUCAGGAACUGCUAAAAGCCCAUGAAGAAGGAAAGGAUGUGAAUCUGAAUAGACUGAAAACUAGAAUUGCCUCGAAAUAUGGGCUGGAAACUUCUCCUCGGUUAGUGGAUAUCAUUGCAGCAGUUCCAUCAAAUUCCAAGAAGAUUCUUCUGCCAAAACUGAGAGCAAAACCGAUUCGCACUGCCAGUGGAAUUGCAGUUGUCGCUGUGAUGUGUAAACCACACCGUUGCCCUCAUAUCAGUAUGACAGGAAACAUUUGUGUGUACUGCCCAGGAGGGCCUGAUUCUGACUUUGAAUAUUCUACUCAGUCAUACACAGGCUAUGAACCAACGUCAAUGAGAGCAAUUCGUGCUCGAUACAAUCCAUAUCUUCAGACUAGACACAGAAUAGAGCAGUUGAAACAGCUGGGUCAUAGUGUCGACAAAGUUGAGUUCAUUGUAAUGGGAGGAACAUUCAUGUGCCUUCCUGAAGAUUAUCGUGACUAUUUCAUACGGAAUCUGCAUGAUGCCUUAUCUGGACAUACCAGUAAUAAUGUGGAUGAAGCUGUCAAAUACUCUGAGAAAAGCAAAGUAAAAUGCAUUGGCAUUACUAUUGAAACAAGACCAGAUUACUGCCUGAAACGUCAUCUGUCUGACAUGCUGCGAUACGGGUGUACUCGACUGGAAAUUGGAGUGCAGUCAGUGUAUGAAGAUAUUGCUCGGGACACAAAUCGAGGACACACGGUGAAGGCUGUCUGUGAAAGUUUUCAACUAGCCAAAGAUGCUGGGUUCAAGGUGGUUGCUCACAUGAUGCCAGAUCUUCCCAAUGUUGACUUCGAAAGAGAUGUUGAACAGUUCAUUGAAUUCUUUGAGAAUCCUGCAUUCAGAGCUGAUGGUCUGAAGAUAUAUCCAACAUUAGUUAUAAGGGGAACAGGCCUGUAUGAGCUUUGGAAGACAGGCAGAUACAAGAGCUAUCCACCCAGCACCCUUGUUGAUUUAAUAGCUCAUAUCCUGGCUCUAGUUCCACCAUGGACAAGGGUUUACAGGGUUCAGAGGGAUAUCCCUAUGCCACUAGUCAGCUCUGGAGUGGAACAUGGAAAUCUUCGUGAAUUGGCAUUGGCCCGAAUGAAAGAUCUAGGAACAGACUGCCGUGAUGUGAGAACCAGAGAGGUGGGCAUUCAGGAGAUCCACCAUAAAGUCCGACCGUAUGAGGUGGAGUUGAUUCGACGUGAUUACACUGCUAAUGGAGGAUGGGAGACGUUCUUAUCAUAUGAAGAUCCUGAACAAGACAUAUUAGUUGGUCUUUUAAGACUGAGAAAAUGUUCAGAGGAAACUUUUAGACUUGAGCUGAAAGGUGGUGUCUCAAUUGUACGUGAGCUGCACGUCUAUGGGAGUGUAGUUCCUGUCAGUGCUCGUGAUCCCACAAAGUUCCAGCACCAGGGAUUUGGGAUGUUGCUCAUGGAAGAGGCAGAAAGAAUUGCAAAGGAAGAGCAUGGAUCUGUAAAAAUUUCUGUAAUUUCAGGUGUUGGUACUAGAAAUUACUAUAGGAAAAUUGGAUAUGAGCUUGAUGGACCAUAUAUGUCAAAGCAUCUGCUUUAGAAGAUACUGUAUUCUGGUGUAUGAGAGUGUAAAUUUUAUUUGUAAUGGCUGUACAUAGAAUAAACAUUUAUUAAAGAUUU